AUGUUCAGCUAUCCAAUUCAGGGUCGGAGCACGCGUAUUCCCAGAGCUGGAGCUGUAAAAAAGAGGGUCCCGAUAGUUUCGGGUUCUUCAAGUGACCCUCUUUUGCUACGCGUUGCCCGUGGAGAACAAGCCGACCGGCCGCCUGUUUGGUUGAUGCGCCAGGCUGGAAGAUACAUGUCGGAGUUCCGAGAAUACUCCAACAAGUACGGAUUUCGACACCGUUCAGAGACUCCUGACAUCGCAAUCGAACUCUCUCUGCAGCCCUGGCGCGCUUUUAAACCUGACGGCGUGAUCAUGUUUAGCGACAUCCUUACUCCGCUACCUGCCAUAGGUGUCGAAUUUGAUGUUGUAAAGGGUAAAGGGCCAGUCAUUUCAAACCCAGUACGAACUACAGAAGAUUUAAAUCGUCUCAAAUGCUUAGAUGAUCCGGAUCUCUCACUUCCCUUUAUUCGGGAAAUUCUUAGUAGCUUGCGAUCCGAAGUAGACGGAAAAUCUACCCUUCUGGGGUUUAUUGGCACUCCGUGGACUCUCGCGGCCUAUUCGAUUGAAGGUCGAUCUGACAGGCAUCUUCUCAUCACCAAGCAAAUCAUGAAUCAAAAUCCGGAAUUCCUGCAUCAAUAUCUUGCACACCUGGCCGAUGUCUUAAUCGUGUAUGUGUGUCACCAGAUCGAUUGUGGUGCUCAAGUCGUGCAACUAUUUGACAGUUGGGCACACCAUCUUUCUCCACAACAGUUUGCAGAAUUUUCGUUGCCAUAUUCUGAACGAGUGAUUGCUGCAGUGAAAGCCAAAUAUCCCGACGUGCCCCUUAUCUUACAUGCAAACGGAGGCGUUGGGAAACUUGAGAUCAUGACAGCGAGCACUGCUGAUGUUAUUGGAUUGGAUUGGAGCACAGAUAUGGCAGACGCGCGGAGGAUAUUUGGACCAGAUCGUGUACUGCAAGGCAACAUGGAUCCGAUGUACCUGUUCGCCGAUGAAGGACGAAUACGAAGAGAGGUCGCCCAAAACAUAGCCGCGGCAGGGAGUGGAAAACACAUCCUCAAUGUUGGCCAUGGAGUUGUGCAAGGAACCCCCGAAGCGAACGUAGGAAUAUUUUGUGAUGCAGCAAGAAAGGCAGCAUACACGAGCAUUCAUGCAAACACUCAGGACCACGAAGGUGUUCAAAGCGAGGCCCGCUAG